AUGGCGCGAACUUGGUUCAUUACCGGAUGCUCGUCUGGGUUUGGGGAAGCGAUUGCGAAAGCCGCUCGUGCACUGGGUGAUAACGUCGUCGCUACUUCACGCGAGGCGGCGAAGCUGGGCGAUUUGGCGCAGAUCGGGGCGUAUACUGUUUCCUUGGAUGUAAAUUCCCCCCAGAAAGAUAUCGACGCUCUCGUGGCAGAAGCAGUGAACAAAUACGGCUCGAUAGACAUUCUCGUGAACAACGCCGGAUAUAUACUGGAAGGAGGCGUGGAAGAAGUAAGUGAUGAGGAAGUCCGAGCCCAAUUCGAUACGAAUGUCUUCGGCCAGCUUGCCGUCACUCGCGCUGUUCUCCCGUAUAUGCGUGCCAAAAAGUCCGGUGUGAUUGCUAACAUGGGAUCCAUCGCUGGCUGGCGGGGUGGGAUCAACUGCGGCAUGUAUUGCUCGGCCAAAUUUGCACUCAUUGGUAUCACAGAAGCUCUGCGGAAGGAGGUCGAGCCGCUUGGGAUUACAGUCGUUGCCAUAGAGCCAGGUUACUUCCGUACCAACUUUCUAUCAGGAGGGCACAAAGUUUCGCCGAAGAAAACUAUCGAUGAUCUUGUCCCAGUGAUCAAGCCUGUCAAAGAUAUGUUUGCGAUGUAUAAUCACCAGCAGCCAGGAGACCCUCUCAAAGGAGCCCAGUUGAUUGUUGAGGCUUUGACAGGAACUGGCCGCUGCGCUGACAAGAGAUUACCCGCCAGACUGGCAAUUGGGACCGACGCCGUUGCUAUGAUUAGUGAAGUUUUGGAGGAUAAAAAGAAGGAAUUGGAUGAUUGGAAAGACUUGGCUAUUACCACAGAUUUAGCGGCAUAG